GCAAUGUUGAUGCAGCAUUUCCGACACUGACGUGAAGCGGCAUCUUGAGCUGGCAUUUCGGAUCUGUCCGCCUUCCGCGCUCUCUUCCUUCACCUCCUCCAGUAUGGACCGCAUCAACCGCAUCCGCUCGCACGUGGCCAACGGCUCGCCCGCGCCCGUGACGCCCGAGGAAGACGUGGUCAUCGUGUCGGCGCUGCGCACGCCCAUCACCAAGGCUCGUCGCGGCGGCUUCAAGGACACCACGCCCGACGUGUUGCUGGGCCACGUGCUUCAGGCCGUCCUCAAGCAGGCCAAGGUGGACUUCAAGCUCGUGGGCGACAUCGUGGUGGGCAACGUGCUGCAACCCGGCGCUGGCGCCGGCAUGGCCCGUAUGGCCCAGCUGGCCGCGGGCAUCCCGCACACUGUGCCGCUGCAUGUAAUCAACCGCCAAUGCAGCUCCGGCCUGCAGGCCGUGGCCAACGUCACGGCCGCCAUCAAGGCUGGCUACUAUGACAUCGGCAUCGCGGCCGGCGUCGAGUGUAUGUCACUGUCCGGAAUCGGCAAAGACCCGCCGACCGUCAACUGGGAACGCGUUGGACAGGUGCAGGACGCUAUGGACUGCACUGUGCCCAUGGGCAUUACGAGCGAGAAUGUGGCCGAGAAGUACGGCAUUUCGCGCACGAAGCAGGACGAGCUGGCGGCCCUUUCGCACGCCAAGGCGGCCGCGGCCCAGGCCAACGGUUGGUUCAAGGAGGAGAUCACGCCUGUGUCCACUGUUAUUAAGGACAAGGACGGCAAUGAGAAAUCGGUCAUCAUCUCCCAGGACGAUGGUGUGCGAGCUGGCACGACGGUCGAGAAGCUGGCCAAGCUGCGGCCGGCCUUCAAGGAGGGCGGCUCCACCACGGCCGGUAACUCGAGCCAGGUCAGUGACGGCGCCGCUGCCGUGCUGCUCAUGCGCCGCUCGGUGGCCAAGCAGAUGGGUCUGCCGAUCCUCGGCCGCUUUGUGUCGUACGCUGUGGCCGGUGUGCCCCCCGCUCUAAUGGGCAUUGGCCCGGCCUACGCCAUCCCGGAGGCUCUGCAGAAGGCCGGCCUGCGUCAGGACCAGAUCGACGUGUUUGAGAUCAACGAGGCGUUCGCCAGCCAGGCCACGUACUGCGUUGAGAAGUUGGGUAUUCCUAUUGAGAAGGUUAAUCCCAAGGGUGGUGCUAUUGCUCUUGGCCACCCUCUGGGCUGCACGGGAGCUCGUCAGAUGUCGACGCUGCUGUACCAGCUCAAACGGAAAAACCAACGCUAUGGAGUCAUCUCGAUGUGCAUCGGUACGGGCAUGGGCGCUGCUGCUGUCUUCGAGCGCGAGCCAUAGGCUACUAAAGACUUGGCCAGAAGGAGGGAAGUGUAGUUAUCUGUGCUUAUCAAAAACAAUUCUGCUGAUUUCUAAAAAAUUGGCUCCAUUGACAAUUUUGACAAUAUUUCUAACGCGUUGAAUGUCGAACUGGAGUAGACUUCGUUGUAG